AAGUAACUUGUUUCCAGAUAAUUUUUAUCUUUUGCUGUGAUCAUUUCCCAGAUCUUUUCACCGGAAAUUGAGAACGAUCUCUCUUGUUCAAAGUGCAACACUUUUUGGUCAGACAGUAACCAUGCUUGCCAUGCUAUUUUUUGCCCUGUUGCUCAUCACCAUCGGUGGACAUGCUUCACCGCAUGGUGGGCAUGACUGUGUUGUUCAAAUGCUCACCACUGCCGGCAUAGGCAACUACAAUGCUCAUACUUACGCGAAGCGCAUUGCCCAGGCCGACGUGGAACCGGACGAGCUUAAGGACGCAAUUUCGCUGACUUUGCGAGUUGUCGGUAUCGACGAUGAGGAGGAUCGGCAAAGAUUCAUCGCCUGCUAUUCGUCGUUAGUGGGCGACUCCAAGAGGCUGUCUGCUUGCGUGGGAUAUAAUCCUUGUGCGGCCAACUCUCGCUGCACAGCAUUCUCUACCACUGCGAAGCCUCACUUUCUCUGCAAAGAUUACGAUGGUUGCCAUGACAAUCCCUGUUUGAACGAGGGCACGUGUAAGGCUGUUGACAAGAACUUCACUUGCGAGUGUGCUAUUGGCUACACUGGACGGCGCUGUGAGGAGAAGUGGCAGACGAAGGCCAAGGAGGAGGCGCGUCUUGCAAACGUCAUGACGUCCGUCGGCGAUUCAGCGCAACUGCUACACAAUGAGGUCAUGGCUGCGAUCGCCUCCCUGCAGUCAUUGGUCGAAGGUCUGGUGUCGACAGUGUCGGGAAUCGAUAACAAUGUUAAGGCAAGCAAGGCAGUUAUUAUCCCUAGCAAGCGCUACGUUGCCUAUAGCGAGGAGCAUCUUUCCUGGGACGGUGCCAGGGAUGCGUGCCAGGCCCGCGGUGGAACAUUGGCAGUGAUCCGAAAUGCGGAGGAAAACGCUGACUUUACGGCCGCAGCUGGAUCCCCUCACCCCAACUUCUGGAUCGGUGCCCAUGACAGUAAUACGGAGGGAACAUUUGAAUGGAUCACCGGUGAUCCGUUUACGUUUACUAACUGGAACCCUGGCGAGCCGAACAAUGGCGCUGGCGUGUACGACCCUGAGAACUGCGUCCAAGUUGUUCGUGGUGGCUUCACCUGGAACGACGGGAAUUGCGGUGAACACUUCGGGUACAUUUGCCAGUUUGUGUGAGUGAACGGCCGUGUAUUCUACUAUGAAAUAUGUACCUCGAUACUCCUGAUUGUGCUGAAAAACUAUAUCGCUGACGUGCCUUCCUUGGGCCCGUUUUCGAGUCUCUUCAUAUAUAUGACAUUAUAGUGUAACGUUGGUCUCUUUCAACUCUGUCUACAUCUCCCCUUGCCUUUGACAAUGGUGUAUAUUUCUGCCCAUCAUUCAUCACUCUCUGUACACAUGUUCACCAACCUUAAGUCCUUGUUUUUGCUCCAUCCACACCAAGGAGAGACUUAUUUCUCCGAUGCUUUUUGGCACCAUGAACUCAUGAUCUCACAGCCUCAAACAAUCAUUGCGUUUUCUUGUUUUUUUAUUACUAUUAUCGGAACAUUAAUACAUCCAUCCAAGAAGUGGCAAAGCUCAUUAAUAUUUUCUGCAAAAAGGAAGUCGCAUUACUAUUA